UCAAUCAGUGGCCAGCCCAGCCAGACAGUACGUAAUCCGCGUCAGUUGUUUGGUGCAAGUGCACGUCAAAGGUUGUUUUAUUUUGCCGGUUCGACAUUAGUUCGUUGUUGUCCGUGGUGUCGUUAGUUUGUGUCGUGUUUCGGUUGCUCCGUUGGCAAGGCUUCUAGUGUCGUUUGUAUGCCUGUGUUUUUGUAAUAAUUGUCAAAAAAAUUAUUGAAAAAAAAACUAAAAAAAAAAACAGUUCUUUUGUGGUUUAUUGUCGGUGAUAAAUAAAGAACACAGCGGUCGUGUCGUCGUCAUCGUCUACCAAGUAAAACAAAGUGUCCUUGACUUUUUUUAUUUUUAAUUUUGUUGGUGGAUAAACUUUGGUGGUGUCACUCCCUGCCACCCUCAACAUGUCUUUUGCAACAAAACCCUUUGUGCUGGUUGUAAACGUUAUUAAAUCGAUAGUGGGAUAUGCCAGAUGUCAGCUGGACAAUGUUUUCCACGAAAUUAUGGGGUACAUAAUGCGGCGCUUUCUGCGUACGGCUAUGAUCGUGUUCAGUUGGUUCGUUGUACCCUAUAGCCGAUUCACCAACAUCAAAGUGAAUCGGAAAAAGCUGCCGCCCAUCAAAUCGCAUCUAUUGGAAAUACCCGCUGUCGAUCUGGCGAAAAUGAUCAGAACGCGUAAGAUCAAAAGCGAAGAAGUGGUCGAGGCCUAUAUAGAGCGAUGUAAACAGGUAAAUCCGCUGAUCAAUGCCAUUGUGCAGGAUCGCUUCGAAGAAGCUCUGGAAGAGGCACGUGAAGUUGAUCGGGUCAUUGCAAUGGGUAUUAACAGCGAAGAGGAAAUGGAAGAGAACACCCCGCUACUUGGUAUACCCGUGACGGUCAAGGAAUCGAUUGCCGUCAAGGGUAUGAGCAAUCAAACGGGACGCGUUUUCAAGACACCACAAAUUGCUAAAGCCGAUGCUCCAGUGGUGGAACAAAUCAAGCGAUCCGGUGGCAUUAUCCUCUUGGUCUCCAAUACUCCCGAACUGUGUUUGCUAUGGGAAACCUAUAAUAAUGUGACAGGUCAGACACGGAAUCCUUACGAUUUGAAAAGGACACCGGGUGGUUCAUCGGGCGGAGAGGCCGCCUUGCUGGCCAGUGGUGCUUCCCUGCUGGGUCUUACAUCGGAUAUUGGUGGUUCGUCACGUCUGCCCGCCAUGUUUAGCGGUAUUUGGGGCCACAAACCAACACCCUAUGCUGUGUCGUUUAAGGGCCAUCAUCCCACCUCGGAUUUCCCAAAAUGGGGUGAUUUCUUUACCAUUGCCCCCAUGACACGAUAUGCCAAGGAUUUGCCACUCCUGCUGAGAUGUAUGGUUGAUCCGAAUGGCACAAAACUAACGCUGGAAAAGGAAAUAAGUGUAACUGGAAUUAGGUUCUUUUUUAUGGACAAUGAUGGCCCGUCGGGCAUGAUGCGUCCCCUUAGCCGUGAUCUGCAUGCCGCCAUUAAUCGGGUGGCCAAUGAUUUCAAGGCGAAGCGGGUGAAUAUACGCAAAAUGAAAUGGUCAUUGGAUAUAUCGCUGUCGGCCAUGUUGACCAUGAAAAACAUCGAGACAAUUUAUCACAAAACCGAAGAGGGUGAGCGGCCAAAGACCAUCUGCACUGAAACGGUGAAAUAUUUCAUUGGCUGUUCGGACAGUAUUUUGCCAUCGGUGAUAUUUGGCCAUUUGCAGAAUUUCAUGAAAAUCAUACCGAAUUCGCGGCACAAACAUCUGGCCACGAUUAUUGAGGCCCUUAAGACUGAAUUCAAAGAACUGCUGGGCAACGAUGGCGUCUUCAUUUAUCCCACAUUUCCCAAUACAGCCCAUCAGCAUUAUCAGAUUUAUCACAAGUUGCUGGAGCCCAUGUAUAUGGCGAUUUUCAAUACGCUUGGAUUGCCGGUGACAAAUUGUAUGAUUGGCCUGGAUCGCCGUAGGCUACCGAUGGGCAUACAGGUGGUGGCCAAUCCGGGACAGGAUCAUUUAUGCCUGGCCGUGGCCCGAGAAAUGGAGCGACGUUAUGGUGGCUGGGUGAGGCCACCCUCGGAGGAUUCUAGUAAACGUAUUGACUAGACACUGAUUUUUUUGUUAAUUAUUAGAAAUAUCCGGAAAAAACGUAUCUAUACAUAAUUAUAUUAAUAUUCAUUUAUACAAACACACACACACAUACAAACAUAAACCAAUUUAGUUUAAUUUUAUACAUUUUUUUGUUUCCCAUUUUUUUCGAUUUUUUUUUUUGUUUUGUUUGUUGCCACAAUUAUUUUCCCAUCAUUGAAAUCCAUCACAUAAUUGUAUUUUUUUUUUUUUUUGUAUUAAUUUCACUAUUUAAAUAUUUUCGAAAGUUCGCAAUUUUUUUUAAUUACAAAUUCCAUUUUUAGAAUUUUUUAAUUUUUUUUUUUUGAUAUGAAUCUCUAAAAUCUCAUUAAUUCAACGGAUUGCUUCUUUAUAUAAAUGAAAUAGUAAAAAGAGAGAGGAUUUUAAUUUGAUUGGAAAAAAUUAUAAAAAGAGAGAGGAUCUCUAAUUGAGUUUCUAAAGAUUUGUUAGAAUUGAAACCAACAUCACGUGGAGUAAAGCUUUUGCAAGGGAAAGGCAGGCUACGAACAUAAGGCGAAUUUAAAAUUUUAAAAUUUAAAUAAAAAUCGAAACCGAAAUUACAGAACAAUUAUUAAACAGAGAGUAAGAGGGUUUUUAUCAAUAGAACCAAAAAACCAGUAAAAAAGUAUCGGUCGGUUUUGCCGAUAGUUGUAUACCUUCAGCCCUCUUCACUCUCUAUGGAGUGGGUUUUGAAAGAAUGGGUCAAUAUUGUCCUUAUCGUAUCGGACCUAAAUAAAUAUGAUAUAAAUAUUAUUAUAGCAGAUGGAUAUAGCAAUUGAAAGGAAUCGCUGAGUUGUUUCGCAAUUUAUGACAGAUAAAAAUAUUGAAAAUUGUGUCCCUUUGCGGGUGAGAAGGUGUUCGCAGAAAUAUAGCAUCUUCACAACAGUUCUGGUGUUAGCAAAAAUGUUUGUAUGUAUGGAAUUUGGAGAGAGUUGGAUUUUUAUUUCGCUUUCUUCGAGCGUUAUGUUUUUCAAAAUUCGAUAAUUGCUUCCCUUUUCUGUGCAGAAAAUAUAUAUUUUUAAAAUUUCGACCAUUUGUGUGGGAGGUACCAGAAGAAGUGGACCGAUAUACUCCACCUUAACACCAGACCUUGGACUAAUGAAGUGAUUGGGAUGUGUGAAAUUUGAAGACAAUCGGACUCUUACAUUACAUUUUUUGAAAGUUGUAAUUAUUCAAAAUUUUGACCAUUUGUGGGGGAGGCACUUGAAGGAGUGAACCGAUAUUGUCAAUUUUUUCACCUAACCUAGCACAGAUGCAAAUAUUAGGAUUUGCAAAAUUGAAGCAAAAUCCGAUUAUCCUUUCUCUUUCAGUGCAAAGAAUAUAUUUUUUGAAAAUUUCGACCUUUUUUGGGGGAGGUACCAGAAGGAGUGAAUCGAUAUUUCCCAUUAGGAUUUGCAAAGUUGGAGCAUAAUCGGAUGAUCUUUUUCUUUCUGUGCAGUAAAAUAUAUUCUUUGCAAAUGUCGACUUUUUGUGGGGGAGGUACCAGAAGGAAUGGAACUAUAUUUUCCAUCUCCAAACUCCAUCUAAGUUUAACAAUAAUAUUACUGUGUUUGAGUCAAAUCGGAUGCUCCCUUCGUCGGUUAUCGUGCACACCAGACAGCCAGAUAGACAAAUGUCCAGAAAGAUACGUUUUGGUCUUAUUAAAUGAUAUAUACCCUCUGUAGCCAUAUGGCUGAGGAUAUAGUAGUGGUUUGAACAUGACGUUAAUAGCUUUUAUGCGACUUAGAUAUGAGAGGAUUGAAAUAAUAAAUAUGUUUAGAAUUACAGAACAAAUUGAGUUUCCACCAAAAUGUGGAAAAAAAUCUGAAAUUUUUAGCGAGCGUAAAGGUGAGAAUAUAUAAAGCGCUUUUUUGACCGGCUUAAGUCAUCGGCCGGUUCCUUCGAAAAUAACAAUGGGACGUAAGACCAACAUCGAACUAAGUCAACCAAAAACUCAUGUGUUCCUCUACGAAGAAGCCAGCCGAUGACUUAAGCCAGUCAAAAAAGCGUUUUAUGUAUUCUCACCUUAAGACUUUUUUUAUCCUGCUAACACAGCAAAAUAUUUUCGGGCGGAAAUCAGUUCUUUCCUAAUUUUUUUUCGAAAUUUAAACUGGCCUUUGACUUGAGAUUUUUUGUUUUAUCGUGUAAUCAAGAUAAAUGCACCAAGUUUGGUAUUCUUCAGACUCCGCAUCAGUUUCUCUCACCUUUAAUCUCUUAGAUACGUUUGAGGGACUUGCGAGAUUAUCAGUUGGGCCGUAUUUGACAGUAUCGUUAAGACAGCAACACCUCUGUAAAUUGAGAAAUGACCAGCAAAUUGUGGAAGUAACUCGAAAGACUCGUGGAAUGGGAGAGACUCGAAACUAAAAGAUCUCUUAGGUAGCAGGGAAUGAUUUCUUUCCGAAAUUACAAACUAAUCUGGCUAAAGUCGGGCAAAAUCGAGACUUGCCUGAAAUCAAAAUCGAUUUUAAUCAAAUUUAGUUUAAAAAAAUCAAUUUUCAAAAAUAAAGCUUGAAAAGUCAACUCUUUUCAAAAUCAAUUUUUAGCUGAUUGGAAAUUGUUGGGGUCAAAAAUUCAAAAGUCGAAACGGACACCGCGGCAAUUUCACCCAUCUUUCGUAUGGCAUUUUCAGUUGGACCAGGUUUAAAUCAGUAAUUGACUUUAUCGUUUAAACACUCUUCCCAAGGUAGACCGCUUGAAGCUGGGGGGGGAGGUUGUCUCAUAAUAAAGAGAAGAUGAAGAGAGCAAGGGAUGUUUUUUUUUUCGAAAUUACGACCGAAUCUUGAGGCCAGCCACUAGGAGAAUGGGUCUAAAGAUCUCUAAGAUGGAAGUUGACAGACUAUCUUCAAAGCCAUUUGACUGCUGAUGUGCCUUUUCUCUACAAAUUCUCCUCUAAUCCUGUUUUGCCAGUCAUCAUUUUCCAUUGAGACGCAGUCCACCGCAAUGCACAGAAGCGGACAUAACUCGAAGGGGGAUUUUGGAAAAAAAAACUUGUAGUUCUGUAAUUUAGUGUUAAGAGGUCUAAUUUUAUUAGAGAUUUGUUUCCACGAGACGGAAUUCACCAUUUUUCCGAGGUCCAGCCCUCUUCAUGACCGCCUCAAAGUAUUAGUCGGAAAGGUUUUUUAAAGUUAGGUCAGUUAGGUUAGGCGAUGUUGAAAUGACAGUGCAGUGAUUUUCUUGUCAGACGAAUGUGAGAGCUAUAUAGAACCUGAUGGGACGAUAUUUCUAGGAAUGCAAAUACGACGUCAUUCCGCUUAGAAUAUAGUUGACGAAGUGAUAUUAUGAUAUUGCUAAGAUUUUCAUGACAUCCCCACUUUUUACGUUGGGCACCAUUUUAUGGUAUCGAUUACACAAUGUUGGAACGACAGUCUAUCAGUUUUCUUGUCGGACGGAAGUGGGGGGACGUUAUGUUAUAUGAGGUCGAAAAUUUCUCUACUCUGCCAAAAAUAUCAUGUGAAUUUGUGUUUGGCCUUUAGGUUUUAUAUUGGGCGCCAUAUUGUUAUCGGCUGAAUUUUGGCAUUUAAAAGCCUUUGAUCUCAUUCUUUAAUGAAAGUAACAAUAAAUUUGAAUCUUGAGCUGUUAAUGGGUGCUUAAGCUAUUUAAAAACAAUUUUCGCCACAAGCUAACGUUUUACGUUGGGCGCCAUAUCAUGCUAUUGCUCAAAUGCAGGUAUUUUAAAGGGUUUCACUACAUUUUGGAGGGUUCCUUUGGAGAUAAAUGAGAGUCCAGUGGAGUUAGACGAUGUUAGAAUGACAGUAAAUCCAUUUUGUUGUCGGACGAAAGUGGGAAGUCGUUUUUCCUUGAAGCUCUAAGAAAACCCUGUUAUUCUGAAUUUGCGAGUGGUUCUUAGGUGUGAGGUUGAACGCCAUAUUGUGGUAUAAAUUUGAAUCUUGACUUCUUAAUGGAUACCUAAGCUAUUUGAAAACAAUUUUCAGGACAGGCUCACAUUUUUUGUUGGGGUCCAUAGUUCAGUUUUCUUUUUUAAGGUUUUCACUAUAUUUUGGGACGCUGUCUUUACAAAUCUAGGUUACGAUGUUGAAAUGAAUCUACAUCCAUUUCCUUGUCGGGCGGUAGUGAGGAGACGUUUUUCCUAAAAGAUUGAAAAAAUUAUCCACCCUACAAUUGACGAUGCGAUUUGUGGGUAAAUUUGUGAGUGGUUUUAGGUUGGGCGCCAUAUUAUGUUCUCGCUCAAUUUCGGUCAUUUUAAUGGCUUUCACCACAUUUUAGAAUGAGAUAUAAAUCGUGAGAUAUUACAGAGGAUUUAAGCUAUUUAGAAACAAUUUUAAGCACUGGCUCACGUUUUACGUUGGGCGCCAUAUUAUGAUAUCGCUUAAGUUCAGGCAUAUUUAGAAUUUUUCACUACAAUAUGGAAGUGUUCCUUUAGAAAUGUAGGUUAGUCCAGUUGGGCUAUAUGAUGUUGGCCUGGGAGAUUUAAAAUGUCUUCAAUCUGUUUUGAAUGCCGUUGAGAGUGUCAUUGUGAUUUUUUUGUUCAUUGAGGUUGGGCGCCACAUUAUGAUAUCACCCAAGUUCAGGUAUUGUAAAUGUUUUUCAGUACAUUUCACAACGGAAUUACCAACCAAUUUAAAUAUUGAAUUGGUAUAAGCAACUUUUUUGUAAAGGCCAUGUUUUACGUUGGGCGCCAUAUAAUUGCAUUGCCCUAGUAGAGGUAUUUUACAGAUUUUCACUACAUUUUUCAACGGAAGUAUCUCUAAUUUGGAAUUUGGAGUCGUAGGCUGAUCAACAUAGAUCUAAGUUUUGUUUUGAAACUCCCUCUUCUCCUUGUUUUUUUUUUUUAAUAACUUCCUUUGCCGCAGCCGAUUUCAUGUAUUUUAUAACGUUUUCCCUUCGGAAUUGGCUGAAUUUUUGUACAAUGAUUUAUCAAAAAAGGAAAGAAGACCUUUUAUUGGUUCUCAGCACAUACUCCCAACGCAUUCCGCAUAGUUUCUUUUUUUAAAGUUCUCAGUGAGCGCCAUUUUUUGUUUUUAGCUCCAUAAUCCUCUUGUUUUACUAUUUCCAAAACUAAAUUUUAUUCAAAAUUUCAUAUCAUAAUCAAUCAUCUUUACUACUCUAAGUUAGUAGCUAUGUAAAUAUUUUUAAUAUUAUUUGUUUAUUUUAAAUUUUAUAAUUUUUUGUUAAUAUAUUUUAGUUAUUUUUUUAUUAAGAAAAAUAAUUAGUUUUCUUAUUUGCUCACUGUCGAAGUAUUUUUUUUGUAUGCUACAUCACCAACAGAGUCGCAAUCACCAUUUUCAUGACCAAGAAAAUUUUAAAAAUUUAAAAAAAUUAACAUUUUUAUACAUUUUUUUAAGCAGUAUCAUCAGAUAUAAAAUACAACAUAUAUAUGUUUUUAUAAUUCAUUGAUUUUGUAUAUAGCAAUAACUAUAUAUAUAUAUGUGUAACAAUUUAAAUAAAGAAAUCUCUAAAUAAAAACGAAAAACCAAAAA